AGGUAGGUACUGUCCAAAGGAAAGAAAAACGUUUCUAUCAAUUCAUCAACAGCAGUCAACAAAAAAAUGAGAGAGAAAGAACCGUCUACUACUUUUGAUACCCAACACUAGCAAAGCAAUUUAAUCCCUAAAAAGGCGACGACGAAUGAUCAGAGCCAAAAGAAACGACACUAAUCCAGUAACAAUGGUGACGAAAAAGAGAUCACAUCCUAAAACGACUCUGUUCUUAGCAGUCAUAAUUUGCUUGCUAGCUUUAGCAGUGUUGGUUCCAGUGGUCUUCGCUCCUCUCCCUUCUCUAUCUCACUCUCACUCUCAUCGUCACAGAAAGGUAAAUGCCAGAAGAAGCUUUGAGAUUAAUGAUGAUAUGUUUUGGAGAGAUGGUAAGCCAUUUAGGAUAAUCGGUGGUGACUUGCACUAUUUUCGAAUUCUUCCUCAGUACUGGGAAGAUAGGUUAUUGAGAGCAAAGGCUCUGGGCUUGAAUACAGUUCAAACUUAUGUUCCUUGGAAUCUACAUGAACCGCAACCUGGCAGGUUGGUUUUUGAAGGUAUUGCCGACCUAGUUUCAUUUCUCCAACUCUGUCAGAAGCUGGAUUUGCUUGUUAUGCUUCGACCUGGCCCUUAUAUAUGUGCAGAGUGGGAUUUAGGCGGUUUCCCUGCUUGGUUACUAGCUAUAGAACCACCUCUCAAACUCAGAUCAUCUGAUCCCGCUUAUCUUAAGUCGGUUGACAGAUGGUGGGGAGUCCUACUACCAAAGGUCACUCCUCUGCUUUAUAGCAAUGGGGGUCCUAUUAUAAUGGUUCAGAUUGAAAAUGAAUUUGGGUCAUAUGGAGAUGACAAAGCUUAUCUUCAUCACCUGAUCAAAUUGGCCAGGGAACAUCUUGGGGAGAGGAUAAUUUUAUAUACCACAGAUGGAGGUUCUAGGGAAACUCUUGAGAAAGGAACAAUUCGUGGAGAUACUGUCUUUUCAGCUGUUGAUUUCGCUACCGGUGAUGAUCCUUGGCCUAUAUUCAAUUUACAAAAGAAGUUCAAUGCCCCAGGGAAAUCACCACCACUUUCCGCGGAGUUCUAUACUGGUUGGCUGACACACUGGGGAGAGAAGAUUGCACAGACAGAUGCUGAAUUUACAGCAUCUUCCUUGGAAAAGAUUUUAUCACGAAAUGGUUCUGCUGUGCUUUAUAUGGCACAUGGUGGAACAAACUUUGGAUUUUACAAUGGGGCAAAUACUGGUGCAGACGAGUCUGAUUACAAGCCAGAUCUCACUUCCUAUGAUUAUGAUGCACCAAUUAGCGAAUCUGGUGAUGUGGAUAAUGCAAAAUUUAAUGCACUGCGGAGGGUUAUAGGGGUUCAUAGUGCAGCAUCUCUUCCCUCAGUUCCGCCCAAUAAUGACAAGACAGGAUAUGGACCUAUUCAACUACAUAAAACAACAUUUUUGUUUGAUUUACUUGAUACGAUAAAUCCUGCUGAUGUGGUUGAAUCCAAAAACCCAGUCUCAAUGGAAUCUGCGGGACAGAUGUUUGGAUUUCUAGUAUAUGUUACUCGAUAUGCUCCAAAGGUUGAUGGGAGUACUCUAUAUAUACCAGAGGUGCAUGAUAGAGGUCAGGUGUUUACAUUGUGCCCUUCUGAUGGUAGCAGUGGAAGGCCAGUGUAUGCUGGUGCAAUUGAAAGGUGGUCGAAUCAAAAAGUUCUCCUUCCUAAUUCCAAAUGUGCUUCCAACAUCAGCUUAUUUGUUUUGGUCGAGAACAUGGGCCGUGUAAAUUAUGGGCGGUACAUGUUUGAUAGGAAGGGAAUUUUGUCAUCUGUUUAUCUGGACGGUAGAAUUUUGAAUGGGUGGAGAAUGAUUUCACUUCCUCUUCACAAUCUGAACGAGGUGCCAAAAAUCAAUCCCAUCAUUCAAGCUGUACAUUCAACAUUAUCAACUCGCACAAAAUUAGAAGAUUACCCAAGGAGUUUUUCCAUAGAACCAGCAUUCUAUACAGGGUAUUUUUUUAUUGAGAAAGAAGACCAAGUUAAAGAUACAUUCAUAUCAUUCAGCGGUUGGGGUAAAGGGAUAGCUUUUGUAAAUGAUUUUAACUUAGGAAGAUAUUGGCCGUCGUUUGGACCACAAUGCAACCUUUAUGUCCCUUCUCCAGUCCUCAGGCAUGGGAAAAAUGUUCUGGUUAUUCUGGAGUUAGAAUCUCCUCAUUCAGAGCUUGUGAUACAUUCAGUGAGCCAGCCAGACUUCAAGUGUGGUUCAAGUAGAUUGAAUGUGCAUCAGCUCUAGUGCCACAUCGUAUACGCCAUGCACAGUUCUUGGAAGACGAAAAUGUUGUAACUGGACAAUUGCCCUUCCUUGCCUUUUAUGUCUGAAGAUCGAGCCCAUGCAUGAUUGUAACACAAGAGUGCACCGAUUGUGUAACAUGAAUAUAAGCAUUUGGCGGGAGGAGAACAAACAGAGUCAAGAGUCACUGAAGGGUGUUUUUCAUGUUAAUAGUCCUCUCGCUCACUAGAAUUUGUAUGCCAAAUAGAAUUGCAAUUUUUACAAGUUAAUGUUUAGUUACUUGCA